AUGGAUAUUGAUAAUCCAUACAUGGAUACCAUCUACAGACAAGUAGUUACUGAACAAUUUCAAUCAAAUGAAUGGAGGGAAAUUUUGAUAAAUCCCGAAGGUGCUUCAACUACAUUGCGUGAUGAAAGUACACUACCUCGAUCAGGUGGACACUGUUUCAAAGAUAUUCCUAACCGUUUUAUAUUUUGGCGUGUUUUGUAUGAUAAACUUGAAUUAGUUGAACAUAGCUUAGAUAUGAAUCUAACAGAAAACCAGGUACGUAUACAUUUUCGUGAUUCACCUGUAUUGGAAAGUGGAAUCUCUGUAUACGAGACAUCAGAAUCUGUUGUUUUAUUAGUGCCAACAGCAUGUAGUUGUCAUCGAUUGACAUUUCCAAGACCAAAUCAUCUGGAAAAUGAUAAUGAAAAUGAUAAUGUAUUAUUGGAUUCUUCGAUUUUUUCAAAUUUUAAUAUACCAUCUAUUGAUGAUCCAGCAACAUUUUAUUCUUAUAACGCAGAACUUAGUCAUCCAUAUUCAGCUGCUUCUUGUUUAGAUCAAAAACAUGAUGCUAUAUUUAUAAUAGCUCUACAAAACAAUGUCAUGCUUUAUAUACGUAUGGAGUAUAUUUCUGGACUACCCACAUUAAAAGAAAUUUGUCAAGAAUCUGUUGUACCUCGAAUGCUUUCAAAUAUAACCAAAGUUUUUUCUACACAUAUUGAGAACCCAGUUAUUAACAGUUUAGCUGUACACCCAUUUCAACAAGAUAUAUAUGUAUACUCUCUUGAUGAUACAUGUGAAUUAAAAGUUUGGUCAAUUGAUAAAUCUGUUUAUAUUAAUAUAACGGAUAUGAAAAAAAUAUAUGCUACUUCAACAGAGAACGGUUCAAGACCCCAUAUUAUUCACAAAUGUUUCGAUGAUCAACUUUUACUUACUAUUUACCUUAGUUUAUCAGAAAGUUCAACAUUUGUGGUUUUUGAACCAUGUAUUGACCAUGGUAUGUUUAAACUUCAGCAAAAGUUUUAUGUACGUUCACCCGUUAAAAGUAGACUAGUUGAUAUGUCAUUGUAUGGUAAUGAAAUUUGGUGCAUAUGGAAAACUGGAAAAGACACUGCUUGUGUUAAAUCUGUGAAUAUCAGGAAUGGCGAAUGGAAAAACUGCUCUUUGGAUACUACUGCUUUUGAACAACCUACUCAAUAUUUGUCUAACUCAAAACAAACUUAUUUAGAUAAAAUAUUUUCAUCUUCAACUUAUUUUACAGAUGAUGAUUUGAAAAAUGCUAUUGCUGUUUAUGAUACAUCUGAUGGGAUUGAGUUUGUGACUGAUUACCGUACCAAGAUAAGUAAUGCAAUUGAUACAAAAGUUGCUCAGGAAAUGGAUAAAUAUGACUCUUCCGAUAUUGAGUCACAAAUGCAACUUAUUGAACAGUACAGUGCUAGUUUUUAUAAAAGUUGCUUAGAUUAUCGUCGUAAAAGAUUAGCUCCUCUUGGACUUAUUUGGUUGGGCUCGCCAUCGUUUUUACUUGUUGUUGUAACAAAUUCAAGUUUUUGCUUUUUACGGCCAUCAGAUAAAGUGGAAAAUAAGAUACUUUCAUUUAAAAAUCCUAAUAAUGAAAAUAAAUUAAAUAACUUACUAAAUGUGUUGAUGUUAGAACCAACAAAUAAAUUUAAUUUGUUUUCAGGUAUAAAGAUGUCCCAAAAUAGCUUUUUGGAAUUGGUUAGAAAGUCUUAUAUGUUUAACAGUAAUGAUCCAAUAAUAUCAUUAUUCUUAAAUGGAUGUAAUUUUCUUGAUACUGCUCGUAUAUUAAUUAAUAUGCUGCAUGCUAAUCCAGAUACAAAUGAAGAUAUGCAAGAUACACAACAUUCAAGGCAUUUCAGAAGUAGAUUAGGCACCAGUGUUGUUUCUCACAGCUUCCAUCAAGUAGUGGUGACACGUUUUGACCUAUGUUGUAGAUUAUUUACAUUUAUGGAGUUGAGUUUUAAGAGCUAUGGACAAACUAAAGAGUAUGUUGUUGAUGCUAGUAACCUUGCUUAUAGCUAUUGGAUCCAGGCUUUAUUUUCACAUGAUAUAAAGUUAUGUGAAAAAAUGAUCUCUUCUAACGCAUUGUUAGCUAAGGAAUCAUUUAUGGAUUAUAUUGAUGGGUUGUUAAAUUACACUUGGCCACUUAUUGACGCUUCUAUUCUUGUAGAAUUUUUAUUACAAGAGAGACAAUACAGUUUCAUACAACAAAUGGCGCAAUUAUUAGAUUAUAAUAAAUGGGAAGAAACAUUAAUUAUUUCAUAUAUGUUAAAUAAUGAUCCAGAUAAAGCACUUAAGAUACUUAAAAGUGAUAUUAAAAAAAAUACAGACAAUUUUCUUAAAGCUAUCACUGUUUUUGAAAAAUAUAAUUACUAUGAGCAUGCAGUUAAACUUGGAAAUUAUGUAUUAAGAAUAAGUAAAUAUGCUGUUGAUAAAAACAUGAUAUCAAUGUUACAUUCUAACAUUUUUCUUAAUAAUUUAAAAUUGAAAGAAUACAAAAGUGCAUACAAUAAUAUUUUAUGUUUAGAGGAUCAAGAUCGAAAAUUGAAUUGUUUGCAUACUUUUGUCUUAACAUUAUUAGAAAAUGAUGAAAAAGAAAAACUCUUGAGUUUUAAUUUUUAUGGUUUACAGAGCUCAGUUGAAGACAUAGUACUAAAAAAAGCACGAUCUUUGUCAAAUGUAGAUGCGAAUCCUUUUUACAUGUUUUUAUGUUCAAUUCAUGAUAAAUAUUCAAAGUACAAAAAACUAUCCAUGACAUUUUAUGAAUUAUAUUUACGAGCUGACACAUGUUUAGCCCAAGAACAGUAUUUAAGACUAUCACUCUUAUACUUAGAACUUUUAAGUCCUAAUGACGCUUGGUUUGUAACAGUUUCAUUACCUUUUCUCUCAGAGACUGAUGAUGUGCACAGUGGAUUAAUAGAAAUUGACCAUCUUAAAAAAUUAUGUUGGUUAGCUCGAGCUCGUCAGGAAAUUGAAGAAUCUACAACCAAUAUGGAUGUACAAAGCGUGACAUCUGUUUUGUUAAUGAAACAUAAGUAUAAAAAUGUGAUGCGUUUGUCUAAAAUGUGGAAUUUAUCACUUUAUCAGCCAUUAAGAGAGUUAGUAAAAACAUGUUUGUCUCUCACAGAUUCAGAAGAAUGUGACAAAGCGUGGAUUUGGUUAGCAGACAAUGAAGUCAGUGUUGAUGGCAUUGAUAGUAAGAAAAUAGCUUGGCAUUUUUUGGAGACCUUGGUAGUUCAGUAUGAAGAAAAGGGAAAAACAUUGAUACAUUAUCAUGUAGCUGAUGAACUACUUAGGCAUAAAUCAUUUUUACCUAGUUGGAUUAUCAAAACAUUCAAAGAAAGAAAUGUUGGUGAACUGUUACAAUUAUACUUAAGUUAUGGAGAAUUGAUUAACUGUGCAGAUUUAAUAUUAGAACUUUUUGAACAAGAAAUGAGUAGUGGUGAUACUGUACGAAUAUUUGGUAACACGAUACCUGUAGAUAUCAUAGAAUGUGUAAUUGUAAAUUUAAAACAUAAUAAAUUACAGGUUGGUGAUGAGGUUCUUAAUAAAUAUAAAAUAUUUUAUAAUACAAUUGUAGCACAAGAAAAUGCAAAGACUAUAAAAUAA